CUAAUUGUGCGUGCUGAAAGAGUUACUUGACAAAAAGACUUUACCGCUGUUAAUCCGAAAAAUCCAUAAAGAUGGCUGCUGAGAAGUCACGGAAGAUAUUUGGCCAGAUGAAAAGUUUCCUUGACAAAUAUACGACAUCAAAUCAAUACUAUAUGAACCUGAUUGAGCUGGGUGAUGUUGAGGAAUCAGAUACCUUAGGAGCUGCACUGCAUAGGGAAGCAGUGAAAGGCAACAGACGUGCUCUGAAGAAAAUAUUACAAUCUGCUAUUUGUGUUGACUACCCUAAUGAUAAAGGACAGAGCCCGUUGUUUUGUGCAUGUGCCAGGAAUGUUGAGAACACUGCUUUAUUACUGUUACGCCACGGAGCUAAUCCUAAUGAAAAAAGUUUUGAUGGUCUGACUCCUACCCAUGCAGUCUGUUACAUGGCCAAUGUCAGGCUCCUGGGAAAGCUGAUAGAGGUGGGUGCUGACCUGAGGCUCCACGACAAUGAGGGAAAAACUGUGAGGGACUGGGCUGAGCUGAACCCAGACCCUGGCGCUAGAAACAGGAUGAUAGAUUUCUUGGACAGGACACAUGUUUAUGCCAUGACUUUUUGUGGAGAUUCUGUUAGCUUGGACAGAUUCACCAAAUAUGCUCGCAGAGCUCACCAGAAAACGUCUUUGAUGGAAAUCAUGAAAAUGAAAACUGGAAGUGACACAAGCUUUAAUAACCUAAAGCGUGUUCACAGCAUGGGGUUUGGAAAAGUAUAUCUCGGUAGUGACCAGAGUGGAGGAAUUAUUUCCGUCAUUCCAAUGAUCAGUGAAUUGGUUCUGUAUGCUGUUGACGACACUCGAUUUGAAACAGGAUCUGUGUCAUAUAUGGAAAAAAUGACUUGGUUGAAGACCACAGUCACAGUCAAACAGGUCAACCCUGAUGUCCAACACUCUGAUGGGAUAGAUCUUCUUAUAACAGAUGCAGAAUAUUUGGGAAAAAUUCGUCACCCAAAUGUUCUGUUGUUGAUGGCUAUCUGUCAGUCAGUGAAUUUUGACAGUUUGAUGUUGGUCUUUGAAAAUAUCAAAAACUGUAACCUGUUUCACUUUUUACAUGAGAAAGGGCAUCGUAUGACGUACUCUCAAGAAAUGAAUCUAGUUUUGCAAGUGUCUUCAGCCAUGGAAUUUAUUCACAGUCAGAGUUUGAUACAUUGUGGGUUGUCCUCUUUGGCUAUCUACCUCGUCUCUGAGAACUACAUUAAAGUUGGCAACUUUGAGUUCAUGGUAGAAAGUAUCAAGGCCAAUAUGGGUAGAAUCAGUUCUGUAUCCUCUGUUCCCCACGGCCAGAAUCUGUACAACUGGAUGGCCCCAGAACUCAUCGCGGGUAAAUCCCCUUGCUUCUCAUCUGACGUCUACAGCUUCUGUUCUAUUGUCUGGGAAUUGUUUUCAGGAGAGCUUCCAUGGAGAGACUACCAGCCCGAAGCCAUCAGGCAAAAAGUUGUUGACUCUGGCAAGACGUUAAACCUGAAUGUCGCCAGACUGCCCCUGAAACUGAGAACUCUGGUUGGCUACGGCUUGGUGCAUCGCCAUGAUGAGAGGUUACAGAAAUUUACCAACAUACUGGAGUGGCUUAGUCCAGAUACUUAUGGGACGGAUUCCAAAGGGAAAAACAGAUCGGCCAAUUUUGCAACACAGAGAAAACAGUCCUCCUCCUCUUCUCAUAGUUCAUCCGCUGCUGAUGAUGACAUGGCUGCUUGGACCCAGGACAAUUUGUGUUUCUCAACAAGAGCUAGCAGUCUGGAGCAUGGAGACUCAAGUCUUGUUGAAAAGCCUGCAACUUUAAGUGAUAGUGAAACUAGAAAUUCUCUAGAACUUUCUGUCGAACAAAGCAAUGACAUCCUAUUAGAUGAUUCAGAUUCAAAUUCACCAAGUCCUGUCACAAAUAAGAUGACUAGAGACUUGAAAGUCAAGCCUGCGUCACAUUUCUCACAUCAGUGGCCACUCCUCAAGUCAAACCCUGGAAGUGCAUGUCUAUUACAUCAUGAGGCAAACAAACUUGGAUCCUGCGGGGAUGGAGAGAGAGCUUCGACUUUACCAAGUGAUUUCAUAUCUCACUCGCAGCAGAAGACACCAAAAGAUUGCAGCGUGAAUGAAGCUGACACACCACCAAAAAACUAUGUGAAAACUUUAACAUCUAGCUUCCAGCAACGCUUAAAUCAACACCGCCUCCGUCAAGCUAUCCUAAAAGGAAGCAUGGCACCCAAAGGAAGCACAGAUUCUGAAUCUCUAAGUGAAUUAGGUCCCAAUGACUCCUCACUAAACAAAGAUACGACUAAGUUAUCAUCAGUAGAUCUCGGCAAUCUCAGCUCAACACCAGUGGUCAAAUGUUCCAGCACACCCAAGUGUUCUGACACAAACCCAGCCAAGCCCCAGUUGCCUCUCGUCUCUGACUCUGUAGUGAACAGAGCUAGGAAUGCACUCUGUGAACUGUAUGGGGACCACAACAAGGGAGAUAAUAACAAGGGAGACUAUAAGCGUUUGAAAGUGGUCCCUAAGGUCAAAACAAAUCUAGUGGUCACAGAUGACCGCAGUAGACACCAAGCUUUUCUUGAUGAGCUUCAGCUGGUUCACUCUAGAAUUGUUUCGUCAUCAGGAGCUGACUAUCAGUCCCCCAUCAUACAAGUGUGUGAGAAGAAUCCCAGUGAUUCAGGCAUAGGACCCAGCUGUCCAAAGUCUGAUGUCCCCGCAGAAGGAGCCAAAGAGAGUUCUAUUCUAGACGGCUUUGGUGACAGUAUGCUAAACAGUCUGACGGAAGGCUUUCUGGAUGAUUCUUUCUGGGACCUACUUCCUGCUAGUCAGAAACCGGAGCAUGUGGGGGAUGCUGGGAAACAUGAUUUUGUAGACGCUGCUGGUAGAACAAAGGAAGUGGAUGCUGCCGAUAAACAGGAGGACUGCAAUGUGGCAGUUGGUCAGUCAGCUGUUAAAGCAUGCGGAGACAAAAUAAUGUAUCCACAUGCUGCCGAGCACAAAGAUGUUACAACGAGCUCACAACCUGAUCUUCAUACUGGCAAGUUGAAUCAGACAUUCUCGUAUCAGACUUCUCAUUACGACACAUUGACUAGUGUUACACAGGAGACAAGUGAGACAUUGUAUCCUGAAGGAAGACAGGUCAGUAACAUUGAAGUCUUGAAGAAGUCUGAAUCAGGAGGAGAUAAUCUAGGUGAAGAUGUUAACAUGAAGGCUGGUGAUUUUGGGAGUGAGUUUGAUUUCUUAGAGUACUACAUAGAUGAUGAUUUUGAUUAUACAGAGAAACCCCCAGCUUUUGUCACACCAGGAGUUGACUCUAGACAACUGAUAGAAUCAACACUUGGGUGUACUACUAACAAAGAAGCUGACUUUAGACAACUGUCAACACUUGGACGUUAUGCAGAUACAGAAGUUGACUCUAGACAGCGGUCAACACUUGGACAUUAUGCAGAUACAGAAGCUGACUCUAGACAACAGUCAACACUUGGACAUUAUGCAGAUACAGAAGCUGACUCUAGACAGCGGUCAACACUUGGACAUUAUGCAGAUACAGAAGUUGACUCUAGACAAUGGUCAACUCUUGGUUGUACUAUAGAUGCUAAGCAGGAAUGUGAUGCCAUCACUAGGGAACAGCAAGAGAAAGCAUCUUCAAGUGCUUGGAUCUUUGAGAAGCCACCCAUUGUUCCUUGUAAAUUUCCAACCAACAGUAAUGGUGGGCUCCAUCGUGGGAAUAUGUCCCAGUCUGCCCUCACAGACGAGGACAAAGUGACCCGGUUUCCGCCAAAGAGAAGCAAAAGUGAGAAGGACGUUGUCCAGCAACAAGUCCAAGUUUCCGUUUGCCCAAGGUCACCUCUGUUCAUGAGAGCUGGAAACACGACCUCAAAGGUCAGAGACGGUGUGCCGGCCAAGACCUUGACCAAAGCCAGUACUUCCGCUAGUGUGAGAUAUGGUCACAGUGACCCUAGCCUUAGUUGUAGCGGGGUUGAGGUGGAUAAAAGGAAUGUACUCGAUAAGGAUGAUGAUACUCUGGUUGAGGUGGAUGGUGCCUCCUUGGAGGAGGACGUAUUGCACAACAAAAACAUUGAACCUGUCACACCAGUUGAGAGACCAGCCGAGAGAGAAGAUCAAACUUCUGCCGCAAAAGCUAUUUUUGUAACUACGGCUCAAACUCAGACAAACUCCAGCACAUUUUCUAAUAAUAUUGCUAUUGGCCAAGAUCAAACUUCUGCCGCAAAAGCUAUUUUUGUAACUACGGCUCAAACUCAGGCAAACUCCAGCACAUUUUCUAAUAAUAUUGCUACUGGCCAAUCUUCAAUGCCACAAUUCGCUGGCAGGACUAACGAUGAUGAUGACGCAGAUAUUUGGGUUAGCACCCAACUCAGGUAUAUACAAGAGAAGAUACAACGCCGGAAAAACAAGAUUGACAUGGCAGGCAGUGACGAUGACAUUGCGAAUGACAUUGACAGUGAGCUUAACAAAUCUUCCUCUGACGGCACCGAGCAACGUAAACAACUUGGCAGAUGGAAUGCACCAGAAAACUUAGAAGAAGAUCCAGUGCUAAAUUUUGAGGCACAGACUGAAGAGCAAGAGUACGUAGCAUGGGGCCAAGGAGUAAGCUGUGGAGAGCUUCAGAGAGUCAUAUCAGAGAGUGAGGAGAAGAAGAGCGUAGCUACAAGUACAACUGGUCUUCAUUCCAAGAAACACAAACAGAAAUCAUCUCACCCCCAUCACAGAAAGUCAAAGGAGGACAGAAUCAGUGCUGACAUUACACAAGGCAGGCUUGAAACCAGACCACCUUCUAUUUUACGUAAGAACGGCCAGCAUGGAAAUAUCUGCAGAGAAACUGGUCCACCAUCUGCUCUCACACGGAUGAGAUCCAACUUGUCAACCAGCCAUGGUUCACGCUCCGCUGACCGUGUUAUCAGCUUUAAAGAUUUGAGAGAAUCAGAGGAUCCUCCAUGUCCAGAUGUCAAAGAGUUAGCUGGCCCCUCACGGCCUGUGAUGGAAGAAACACUCCUAACAAGAACACGUCCUGUUCCAGCAGAACGGAGUCUCGUUGACCAUGGUCACUAUUCUAGUACUGUGACCACUUGGUUGGAGAGACACAACUUUGAGGACACUAGUACACUGAACAGCCCUCAACUCUGUAAGGAUAAAAAACCAGUGUCACGUCAAGUAAACAAACUUUGUCAGGAAGCCAGCACAAGCAACUCAAAGCAGAGCAUCCCAUCCAAAGCAUCCACUGAUAGGCCAGUAACAUCACAAAGAAAGUGUUGUAGACUUACACAUGAGUCGACUAGCCAGCAUUCUCUGACAAAGAAACUGAACAGGUCACUGUUACCUGAGGAAGAUUUGGUGCAAAAAGAUGCUGAUCACCUAAACGGUCUCUUGUCCAGGGUGAAAACUUCUGAGACACUCGCUAAAACAAGCUUGACGAAUUGCAGCACGAAUGAACAUUAUGUGACAUUUCAACUAGAAACUCCAAUGAAACAACAGUCCAAAGCAACCAAUGCAAUGAAGAGAUCAAGUACUGGUCUUCACAGGUUUUAUAUUCCUCGAGACAUGUGGUCCAAUGGUUGUAAAACAAGACUGGAUGUCCGCACAAGUCCAACCCAUCCCGACUGCCAGAGAGUGACAACCACUGCCCUCAACACUAGGACAGGAGAGAUAGAGACUUUGAUGGACCAGACGAUUUGUUCUGACAGACUCAGGACAACUAUCCAGAUAGAUUGAUCCCAUGUGACCAUACAGGGAUGCGUAGUACAUUUUAGAGUUCCCUUUCAAUAAA